AUCUCCUUGUGAACGGGCACUUAGGUUUUGCAUUUUCGGCUGAGUAGAUGAUUUGAAAGUGAUAGCGUCAAGUUUUUUUGGCACUUUUGGAAACAGUCUUUUAAAUAUCUAGUUCUCCUUUAGAAACUUCAUUCACGUGUUUUCGUAUUCAUUCGUCGUUUCAAUGGAAGUAAGCGUGAAUAACAGCAAUGCAACCUCAAAGUUUCCUCAGCAACACUCCGACGAUGGAGUCAAGGCCUUGAGCAAACUUCUUCCAGUUGCCAUAGCAAUAGUUCUGGCUAAUGGACUCGUGUUUGUCUUGUUUUACCGAUGUCCCCGUCUUCGCACUUCUUCAAACUAUCUGCUUCUUAGUCUGGCAGUUUGUGACUUUUGCACUGGUGCUAUUGCCAUACCAUACUUCAUCGUUUAUAAUUUUGCAAUUUUGCCAAAAGAAUUGCACUAUGGGAUAUACGCCUCACAUACAUUACUGGCUGUUUCAGGUGCUUAUCACAUACUCGUUAUUACUGCUCUCAAGUACUUGGCAACUGUCCGUCCACUAAAACACUAUGUGGUGACCAAGAGUUUGGUUUUGAAAAUUGUGCUCGGGGUUUGGAUCAUUUCUAUGGUUUUUGUUGUCAUUCCUCUUGUUUGGCAAGAUACUGAAGCAUCUCAGCGUUGGCAGACCAUCCAUACUGCAGUUUGCAUUGUUGCAGUGUUCCUCAUACCGCAUAUAUUUAUGAUUUACGCAUUCAUAGCCAUGUUCAGAGUGAUAAAUAAUAGGCAGCGACCAUCGAUGGCUCAAAAUGACAUGCCACGGAACCAGAAGAAAAACAACAGUGACCGGAAGUGUAUCUUUGUUUUUUUAGGCAUGGCGAUUCUAUAUGCAUGCUGCUCGCUCGCUUACUUUACCAUGUACUACAUUGCUAUGGGAGUUCCAGUAUUGUUCAAUGUCUUAGAGGGAUUUAUGAUCAUUCGAUACAUCACAUCUUUCACCAACCCCCUGCUCUACACGUUUUUCAAAAGCGACUUCUGGUCCGCCUCGAAGAAUCUCUUGCGAAUCGAUAAAAAAGCCAGUUUUUCUGCUCAAAAAAUUCAAACCUUAUCUCAUAAUCUCAGAGGCCGAUUACGGUCAGGAUCAAGCGUCAACAACAUUACUUAAAAUAAAGAAAAGGAUCAAGAAAGAUUCGAGAUGCUUAAAGAGAUUUGCUGAGUCCUCAUAAACAGCAAACAUUAGGUUUAAUACAGACGUAACCUGUAGAUAUUAUACAUGCACCAAGUUGUUUCUUAGUUUCCACUUAUACUCAAGGGUGGAGAGAGAAAUUGUGAAAGUUAUCUCGCCCAACUACACAGAAAAAAUUAAUAAAUAAGUUGGACUGAAUCAUUUCAUGGUUUGUUCGGCUUAUCAUUGCAAAGGUAGAACUAGAUAAAUUCCUUGAAAUUUUUUCCUAGUGGCGACGCGGUACGAGGCGCCUCAAUAGCACGUACAAAAUAUUUACCACGAGUAAAGCACAUUUUUUUAUAUUAUAAUUUCUUCAAGCGAUAAAGAAUUCAGUGAAGAAUUGACAACACUUUCAGCCCAUUUUAGGUAACCUUUGACGCGUGUCAAGAUAAAAAAAUUGAGAUUCAACUCCUUGAAUAUUUAUAUAGUUAUAUAGUUAGAUGAAGUCUAUUCUGUAGAAAAUGAUUGAAUGCCAAGUUACAAGAGUGUAUUUUAAGAUUCGUAAUAGCAGAGCCAAGGCAAUUCCCAAUUACAUUCGACACUCAAAUGCAACUUUUCCUUACAAUCCAAGUUAUCAAUAAUAAGUAUAAGCACGCUGAGUCUUGUCUUAUGCUGUGAAAAGUUAUUGUUAUGGUUUUGAAAUGAGAGCCAAAUAUUGUGUGUUGAUUAUGAAUGUAUUUCUAAGUGGCCAUCAUUAGAUAUCUACGGACAUGAGUCAGGAAAAUUGGUCUAGUACAUGAAUUGGAGGUUUACAAGUUAAUGGAGAAGUAUGAUCCAAGGACGUUAUGUAACUUCCAUCUCCGCAAAUUAGAAAGCGUCUAUGUCAUCAUAACGCUGUCCGAGGUUUGAGAUUCGAAAGUGUAACUUGGCCUUUGAAAAAAACUCAUUCAUACUGUUCAUAUGUCCUAAAGAAUUUGAC